AGUGUAUGAAACUUGUCGUCUCAACUUCAAGAAAACAUACGAUCUCUUCGCUCUUGAUCGUCUCUUAAUUGUUGUGAUCUGAUGGAUGACGAAUAUAUGAGCUUCGAGGAGGAGGAGGAUGAGGAUUAUUGUUGCUCCUCGGAUGAUCAUGAUGAUGAGGAGUAUAACAACGCGGAAGAGUCCGUUUUGCAACAACCGAGAGAACCUACGAGCCAGGUGAUCACGAAGGAAGCACUUGUAGCAGCGCAGAAGGAAGUUCUGGUUAGGGUUAUGGAAUUGUUAUCGGUUAAGGAGAACCAAGCGAGGACUCUUCUUAUUCAUUAUCAAUGGAACGUUGAUAAGUUGUUUUCUGUGUAUAUUGAUCAAGGCAAAGAUCUUUUGUUUUCUUGUGCUGGUCUUACUGUUUUUGACCCUUCCUUAGUUAAGUCGAAGAGGAAGAAGAAGGAGAUGACGAGGAAGAGGAAGAAGAAGGAGGAGAAGACGAGGAAGAGGAAGAAGAUGAAGAAGACGAAGAAGUGUGAUAUCUGCAUGGAAGAGGAUUUAUCAAAAUAUGCCAUGACAAGAAUGGAGUGUGGUCAUAGGUUUUGCAAUGAUUGUUGGAAGGAACAUUUUACCGUGAGGAUUAAUGAAGGUGAGAGCAAAAAGAUUAGAUGUAUGGCUUAUAAAUGCAACACAAUUUGCGACGAAGAUGUUGUUAGGCAACUAGUUAGCCCGGAGUUAGCUGAGAAGUUUGAUCGUUUCCUCGUUGAGUCAUACGUAGAAGAUAACAAUAUGGUGAAGUGGUGUCCAAGCACACCGCAUUGCGGGAAUGCAAUACGAAAAAUCAAAGAUAAUAGCGAUGACGAAGUAGAAUGUUCAUGUGGACUUCAGUUCUGUUUCAGUUGUCUGAGUGAGUCUCACUCUCCUUGCUCUUGUUUGAUGUGGAAGCUAUGGAAAAAGAAGUGUGUAGACGAGUCUGACACGGUUAAUUGGAUGACCGUUAACACGAGGCUGUGUCCCAAGUGUAGCAAACCUAUUCAAAAGAGAGACGGUUGCAAUCACAUGACUUGUAAGUGUGGUCAGUUUUUUUGCUGGCUGUGUGGUCAAGCUACUGGAGCAGAACAUAGUUUUAGGAGUAUCGCUGGUCAUAGUUGUGGUCGGUACAAAGAUGAUAAAGUGAGGCAAAUGGAGAGAGCCAAAAGGGAUUUAGACAGGUACACACAUUACCAUUACCGAUACAAAGCGCACACCGAUUCAUUAAAGCUAGAGGAUAAACUUAGGAAGAGUAUCCUGAAGAAGGCACUGUUAAAUUCUGAAACCAAGGAUCAAGAAGAGUUUAAAGAAUACAGUUGGGUUACAGAUGCAGUCAACCGGUUAUUCAGAUCACGACGGAUUCUUUCGUAUUCAUAUCCUUUCGCGUUCUACAUGUUUGGCGAAGAGUUGUUCAAAGAUGAGAUGAGCGAUGAAGAGAGAGAUAUAAAGAAGAAUCUGUUUGAAGAUCAGCAGCAACAACUUGAAGGUAAUAUUGAGAAACUUUCCAAGAUUUUAGAAGAGCCUUUUGAUGAGUAUGGUCAUGAGGAAGUAAUAAAUAUGAAGAGUCAACUAAUCAAGAUGUGUGCUUUGGUUGAUACACUAUGCAAGAAAAUGUAUGAGUGCAUUGAAAAUGACUUAUUAGGUCCACUCGAAUCUGGAAUCCACAACAUUGCACCUUACAGAUCAAUGGGAAUAGAACAAGCUGCUAAAUUUUCUGCUUCUUCGGCUUGUAGUUCAAGCGGAUCUUCGUCGAAUUAAUUUUAAUUAUUUUUCUUGUUUUACUAGUUUUUUGUUUCAUAAACAGAUGAUGCAGUAGAAAACUAAUUUGGCUCUGUUCCUUCUUAAUGCGAUUGAUUUUUUGUAGUUUCAUAACCAUUCCUUUCUUUGAUAGUGAAUCCAUGAAGAAAGUAAAUAAACAGUAUGCAGUUCU